GCAUAGAAGGCCCAAUCCAUAAUGGAAGAGAAAGCCCACAGAAGGUGUCCCAUAGGGAAAGGGUUGCCACUUGGGAGGAGCAGAUGCUGAUGAGAGCCAUGGUUCCCACAUUCGCAUCCUUCUCUCCCCCAAUUCCCACCUCUCUCCCUUCCUUCCCUCUCUCUGCAACUCUCCCCGCUCUCCCCUCCUGCGCUCCCAUCUUUCUCAACCACCCUUUUCAUCUUCCCGUUUGUCAUCCCAACUCCAAACUCCGCCGAAUUCGUGCCGCUCCUUACGAAUCUACCGUCGUUCAAGCUGCUCAGGAAAUUGUCUCCGCCUCUGACUCUGACGAUGGCGUCUCCUACGUCAUCUCCGCUCUUCUCUUCGUCGCCUUCUUCGGCCUCUCCAUUCUCACUCUCGGGGUGAUCUAUUUAGGAGUCACGGAUUUCCUGCAGAAGAGGGAGAAGGACAAGUUUGAGAAGCAAGAGGCGGCUAAUAGUGGCAAGCAGAAGAAGAAGAAGAAGAUCAGAGCCAGGGCUGGCCCUAAAGGAUUUGGCCAAAAGAUCAUCGACGACAACGAUGAGUAACUCGUGUCAUCGCCUCUCAAAAUCUUCCGAUGAAUUAUAACUCUAUUUUCCUUAGCAUUCCGUUUUACCUUCAUUGCCCGAUUGCUUGUCUUAACGUUACAUCGCAAGGAGAUUCGUUCGCGAUGAUUGUGAGUGAUGAAAGUCCUUUAUUGAGGUCGGGGCACAAAUUGUAUUCCAGCCAAAUUCCCAUGGUAAAUUCAUUUUUAACUUCUACU